GGCUCCGCCGGCUGGUGCGUGCCGAGAGGGCCUGGCGCUGCUGCGCGUGCGGCGCCCGUUGCCCCCCGCCCGGAAGGAAGGAAGGCCGGAAGCGGCUCUCGCGCCCUCUGCGGCUGCCUCGUCCCGCUCGCCGCCAUGGCGGACUCGGCGCAGAACGGGCCCAUGCAGGGCGGCGCCGGCGGAGGGGCCGUGCAAUUUCUGAUGUCUAAUAAACUGGACACAGCAAUGUGGCUGUCCCGGAUAUUCACUGUUUACUGUUCGGCUUUAUUUGUCCUGCCUCUUCUAGGGUUGCACGAAGCAGCGAGUUUUUAUCAACGUGCCUUGCUGGCAAACGCCCUUACCAGCGCUCUGCGGCUGCACCAGAGGCUGCCGCACUUCCAGCUGAGCAGGGCCUUCCUGGCUCAGGCACUGGUGGAGGACAGCUGCCACUAUCUCUUGUAUUCCCUCAUCUUCGUGAAUUCCUACCCAGUGACAAUGAGUAUUUUCCCUGUUCUCUUGUUCUCUUUGCUUCACGCUGCCACCUACACGAAGAAGGUCCUGGAUGCGAGAGGUUCAAAUAGUCUUCUUUUUCUACGAAAUCUCUUGGACAAAUUAAAUGCUAAUCAGCAGAACAUCCUCAAAUUUAUAGCUUGCAAUGAAAUCUUCCUGAUGCCAGCAACUGUGUUCAUGCUUUUCAGUGGGCAGGGAAGCUUGCUGCAGCCCUUCAUUUACUACAGGUUUCUCACGCUGCGAUACUCCUCCCGUAGAAAUCCUUAUUGUCGGACUCUCUUCACUGAGCUGCGGAUUGUCAUUGAGCAUGUGAUCAUGAAGCCGUCGUGUCCCGUCUUCGUGCGCCGGCUUUGCCUCAGCAGCAUUUCCUUUAUCAGCAGACUUGCGCCCACAGUCUCAUAGCCAGCUUCUGGCCGGCAGAUGGGUGCGUCUAACGAACAUUCAGAGCAGCUGGGGUUUGUAAAAUUCUGCAUCUCGCUCAAGGUUGUAUGAAAAUCUGUCAUUUCUCUUCCAAGAGCAUCUUCUGUGAAUUGUAUCCUAUGUUUAAAGAAACAAGAAAUUUAAUCUUGGUUUUCAAGAAGAUUUUGCUGUGCUUUUGUGAACAAUGAAUGGCUCUGUCUUGGACAAGAUACUUCUCAAGGCAAAAAAAACCCCCAACCAUGCCUGCAUUGUACAAAAUCGCCCAUGUGCUGUCGUGUCUGUUUUUGUCAGUACUGAAUGAAAAUAUUUUAUUUAAAAAAAGAGUGUCCAGGCAGUGCACAUUGGAUUGUGUCUAAUGAGCUUAAGGCUCUGCUGCAGCAUAAUUGUCCAGUCUCUUUGGGGAAACAAAUUGGAAUAUCUAUAUAUGCAGUACGUUUGAGUCAGUAUUCCUUCCAUUCAAUAAAUGGAAGAAUUUGCUCAAGUCAGCCAGUCUUUGUAGUCAGUACAAAUCAGAAUGUGAACAGCAUCUGAGUUCAUUCAGAUUUAUUUGACGCUUUUUCAAAUGCAUAGCUCCCUCCCCUCCCCGUAACAUUUAUUUCUUUGGAACAUAAAUAUUUCUCUAGACCGUAGAAAUGCACCGCUGUUUUCACUGUCUUCCAGAUGCAGGAAUCUUAAAAACCCCGUCCUUAAGGUGGUUUUGAAAGAUCUCCUUAAUGCCAGUGGUUGUGGACUCCAGUUUAUCUUGGGAAUGACCGUGAUCCCGGGCAAGUAAAAGUUAAAACAGCUUCCAACACAAGGCUCCGGUUUCAUUCUUCACCCGUCCCCCGCCUCAAGUGUCUUAGGGCCCCGAUCCUAAACCUGUUUUGGGACAUAACACACGGCACUCUGAAAUCAGGAGGAUGCCGUUCCAAAUACUGGGCACAGUCCUGCUGUACUUGGGCAUGCCACCAGCACCUAGGAGGAUUGCCACGGGCUGCGUCACGCUCUCUUUUGCCCGUGGAGGGGAGCAAGGGCAGGCUUUGUGCUAGCCCCUUGUGGGGAGUAAGAGGUCUGGGCGUGCCUCCCAUCUCCUCUGCCCGCCCACCCAGCCCCUGUCCCUCCGCCCUGGUCAAGGAACACUCGGUCUAGCUGGGUUUCUUGUCUGAGUCAGAAGGGUGUACUAAGCAUGCACGAAGUGUGCACAGGCUUGGGUUGCAUGGUAAAUUUCCAUGAACGAGUGAUCUUGUACAGAUGCUUCCUCGUGCUACAGAUCCCCAGUUUGCCAGCCGUGCUGUUUCUGAGGGUCUCCUGUCCCCUUGGAGCAGGAAUGGGGGGGGGUGGAUUUAGGCUUGCAGAGGAGGGGGUGAGGGAGGUGCACGUUGCUGACAAAUAGUGGAGCUUUACUGAAGGAUCCGUUCCACUGACCCCAAAGUCACGUGUCGGCUUGGCCUGCUGUGUACCCAUGGUGUGGGCAAGCAGAGCUCUCUCCCCCCCUGGUGAGUCCCUCCGCGGGAACUGAGCCUGCACAGGGAAGGAUCAGGGCUAACGUGUUUAGGACAGAGUUGCUCGUGUGUAAAGUAAUGUGGCUGCAGAUACUUCAAGAAGAGCUCUCCUACUUUCAGAGCAGUCACCCAAGGACGGCUGUUCUUAGCCUUGGCUUUCUUGUUUCCUAAUGUUGAUUGUUUAUGGCUUUAGAAGGAGAAACUGCACAGAUUUUAAUUUUUAACACAUGAAUCUGAGCAGCGUUAGUAGUCCAGUUAUUUUAUAUUAAAUUAAAUUAGUCUUAAUAAAAGUAUUUUAAUGUGA